AUGGCGGUGAUACCAGCACAUAAUGCUGUGCAUCAGUUUGGUGGUCUGCUGCCGGAAUGCUUAUUUGCGUAUGAAUUUUGCACGUUCGUGCGUCGCUUCUUAUUUUCUCGUUUGCAGGUGGCCGAGGAUCCUAAUGCAACUCCAGGUAACUGCAAACCAAAUCCACUGCUGACAGCCAGCUCAGCCGCACAACCGUACCAGCUGUACUGUGGUGGGAAUUCGCAGCAGCAGCAGCAGCAGCAGCAGCACGGUGUUGCUGGUUGUUCAGCGGGCAAUGCCGGAACCACGGCAACCAAUUACUUGAAUGAUCUGCAGACGACAAUCGCCAGGACUCCCAGCGCAGGCUACCUGGGAUGGAAUGGUGUUGGUGCAGCUAACAUUGCCAAUCCAGUUGGCGGUACUUUUGCUACUAACGAUAUGUGGCCUGCUCCGGCUGCAGCGGCGGCGGCAGCGGCAGCAGCUGCUGCUGCUGCAGCAGCGGCCGGCGGACGUCAACCACGUGUUGUGCCAGCCCCUCCUAAUAUUAUGCCGUUUCCGCAGCCAGCUGUGGCGCGAGGUGCUGGGCCUGCACACGCUAUUGCGCCUUUCCAGCGAACCAUCACAAGUCCGUUUGGUAUGCAACAACCACAACAGCAGCAGCAGUGGGUUUUCGCGCAACUGCAUGGAAUGAAUGAGAAACAAAUGCAGAUAUUGUGUCAAAAAGCAGGACAGAUUGUGCAGACAGUGUGUCCGCCCGGAGCACCAUUCCUUUGUAUGAAAUUUGUGGAACCCGUGGAAGAAGUAAUUCGACGACUGAAAAUUGAGUCACCAUUUUUACAAGUGAAACCGCUACCAGAAUCUGAAGUGGAUCGAUUGUUGAAGCUACGCGCUACUUUGCCGUAUGGCCCUAUGGGGCCAGCGACGCCGGAACCGUGGAUGUUUAGUGGAAUGCUGCCUGGCAAUGCUGAUUUAAUACCACAAAACCCUCAUUUUCAUGCUGGUGAUACUACCAAUGAUCUCACGAGACAGUUCUAA